AUGCUUCGUUUUAUUUUGUCAUUGGCGGAAGUCCCGCGUAGCGGUUCCCCCACCUGUGCACGCUUGACGGGUUGGUGUGGAGGGAAAAAGAUGGCUGCUCCGGCGGCAACGGCGAGUUGUCCCCCUGCCCUGUGUCCCAAUUACGCCGUCAUUUGUUCCUUCCUCGAGCGCUACGGAGCACAGCUGGACCUGCCGGAGCUCACCUUCCCGCAGCUGGAGCGAUACCUGCGGGACACAUCCUCAGUUCCCAAGUUGCUUGUUGAUCUUCACGUCAAGUUGCUGAGGAAAAUUGGGAAGUCGGUGUCAGCAGAAAGAUGGGAAAAGCAUCUAGUCAAGAUAUGCCAGGAGUUCAACACGGCUUGGGCGUGGGAACUCGAAGAAAAAGGCUACAAGAGUAUGACAUUGGAUAGCAAGACGGCCAUCCUGAAAUAUCUGUGUGAGUGUCAAUUUGAUGACAACCUGAAGUUCAAGAAUGCCAUCAACGAGGAGGAGGCGGACAAGAUGCGUCUGCAGCCCAUCGGCCGUGACAAGGACGGCCAGAUGUAUUGGUUCCAGCUGGACCAGGAUAACAAUGUUCGCCUCUAUGUGGAAGAGCAGGAUGACCUGGACGGCGCCUCAUGGAAGUGCAUCGUCAGAGAUCGCAACGACUUAGCGCAGGUGUUGGCUCUGCUAAAGACACACAUCGAUCCUGAGCUCUUGAAGAGAGACGCCAAAAGUGAAGAGGAUAAAGCAGGUGAGGUAAAGAAAGAUGAGAGCUCAUCAGAUGAUGACAGCAAAGACUCCACCAAGGGGGCCUUCCGUUUGUCACCGAAAACGGAGAGUAAUGGAAAAGUUGAUCACACAGAUGACUUCACGUCAGAAACACCUGAGCUAAAAUCAUCAGUUAACGGCAUUGUGGAAGGUGCGUUCGAAAAGCCUCUGGAUCACAGUUUACCAAACAAAGUCCAAGUCAUCAAAGAAGAGGUGAUGGACAUGUCUGACACCAAGCCCAAGAUGGAAAGCGAGGACCCUGGUCCAAAGUCCUCCCCUGAGGAGUCCACGAGGAACAGUGUAGACAAGAUCCAGCAGAUAAAGAAUGAGCAGCAGGCCAAGAUUCCUCUUAAGAAAAGAGGCAUGAAGUUCGCACCUGUCUCCCAGCUCAAGGAGGACGCCAAAACCAAUACCUUGUCUGAACAGAAACACAGUGGAAAUGAAAAUGUCAACGGUGAAGUACAGCCCACAUUGGAGGCACGUCUCCAGCCUCAUUUGAGUGAAAAGGAAUCAUCUUUCACAAAGGAACAAAAAGAACCUUGCUGUCCGGUGAAUGUCAAGAUUACGCUGGUAGACAAGGAAAAUAUCGUUGCAACGGAGAAGGUGGCAAAAUACAGUUCUAAGGAAGCCGAUGACAGUUUGUCGUUCAAUCACGAACAAAGUAAGAAUUUAAAAGAGCCCAAGAGAACGCACAGGGAUAUGUUAGAGAAAACUGAAAAAUCAAAUCACGAGGUCACAAAUAAAGAGCAUGACUCGGAAAAAACAAAGGUAAAACCGGACCAUGUGGGCCCAUCGACUGAAGAAACAAAGAAAUCAGAGAUGAUGGAAAGGAGUGAGACAGAAAAGCACACCGGUGAGAGCGAAAUCGAUUUGACGCCAGCAAAUAAGGAAGUAUCGCACAAAAACAAAGUUGUGACCAAAAAUGAAGAGGCACAACAAAGCGAUGCAGUGAGCAAAGAGGUGGCGCAAAACCUGACUGUUACUAAAAAGGGAGCUAAGUCAACGAGCCAGCAAUCUCAAGACUUGUCUACCCCAUCUGUAAUCAAAAAGGUGCACAUGGAAGACUUGUGUCAGGAGUUGACAAUUAACGAAGCUGUGAAAGUCAAUAGAGCUUCAGUGUUUAACUCCGAAAAUACAAAAAAGACAGAAUCCAAUAAAGAUGACCAGUGUCACGAUGAUGCCGAGAUGAACGAUUUGCCUUCCAAAACCACAGAAAAAGUUGUGAAUACCGCGAAACUCAACUUGGAAAAAUCACGGCAGGACGACCACCCUAAAAUCAUUGCAUCUAAAACGCCUGAAAGCACAGUUGCCAGAGAACCAGACCUUGUACAGGAACCCGGUGACAAAACGGGGGUGGAGCAGGCGCUAUCUGAAAACAAAAAGAAUGAUGACGCCAGUGAGAAGCUUGAAUUUCCAGAGGGCAAAAGCCAAAGGGAAUCCGCAAGGGACAAAAUUUCCAAAAGCAGUAAAGCAACCGAGGAAGAUGCCCCAAAUAAAUCCACACUGCUUAAACCCAACGGUGAAAGCUCAAUAGAAGAAAGUGUCAUCAAAACUCUAACCGCUAAAAGCAAAAACGAGGUGGCAAACAGCAAACAGGAUCUGCCAGACGUCAAGCUUAAUUGUCAAGAAGGAAUAAAGGAAUUCACAAGGGAUAAACUCAGCAAUAGCGACAGAUACACCCAGAAAGAAGCUGCUGAUGGAUCUAAAACGGUAAAACACGGUGACCAAAAGGCAACAGAUCAACAUGACGACAAAGUUCUGGGGAAAACUGAACGAUCGGUAGACCUGGGCAAGUGCAAAGAACUGGUCGUUGAUGAAGUGAGCAAAAGGAAAGACGAGGAAGACUCAAACAAAAAGGAAAAGAACAGCAGCGAAAUUACACCAGAUGGAGAACUUCAAUGUCAAAAAGAGUCCAAGACUGAAAAUUUUUCCAAAACGAUGGAGAAAGACACUCCAGAUGAAUCCAAAAUGUCGAAACCCAAUGACCAAAACAUGACCCAAGAACUUGACUGUAAAGCUCUGAUGAAAACCAAGCAAUUAGAAGACACGAGCGUGAGCAAAAUUGAGGACAAGUCCAAUAAGGAGGCAGAAAACGUCAACGCUCCGCAGGACUCAAAGCAUAAAUGUGAAACAGAUUCAAGAAUGGAAGACAACUCCAAAACAGUGGGGAAAAGUGCUGAUGAUGGACCCAAAGCUGCGAAACCCAGUGAUCUAAAGGCAAGGGAAGAGUUUCCCUGUAAAACGCCAGUGGAAACGGAGCAAUCAGAAGACACAAGCGCAGUGGCUAAAAGUACAUACGAGGAGCACAAGUCCAAGGUUACGACAGAAACCAAGCUUCAAUGUCAAAAGGAUUCCGCUACAGAAGAAGUUUUCCAAGGCAUUGCCACGGUGGAGGAAGACACUCCUGGUGAAUCUGAAACAACCCAACCUAUUGACCAAAAGGUGACGGAAGACAGCGGCAGAAAAACCCCGGUAGACACCGAACCAUCAGUAGACAAUAGCAAGGAAGAUGGUUCUAAGAUGGAGGCGAAAACUGUUGGCAAAACCCAGCCAGCCACAAAGCGUAAAUGUCAAGAAAGCAAAAACGAUUCUACAACGGAUGAACUUCAUCCAAAAGAUGUUCCUGAAAACAAUGAAACACUAAAUCCAAAACACAGCGAUCAAAAGGCGGAAACUGGGCAGUCGAAAAAUGAAAGCGAGGCGCCUAAAAUGGAAAAAGAGGAAGACAAGUCCAAGAAUCUGCCAGAGGCCAGUCUUGAAUGUCAAAGUGAAAUGGAUUCCACAAACGAUAAAGUAAUUCCAAAGGAUGUUCCAGAAGAAACGGCACAACCCUACGACCAAGCUGGAACUGUAAAACGCAACAGCAAAGAAGCCGUCGCUGACCAGGUGUCGAAAAGCAAAAGCGAGGAAGACGAGUCGAAAAAAGAAGCCGAAAACGGCAGCGAAGUUCAGUUGGAGAAAACGGACGCCCGGUGGAGAGUCAACACGGCGGCCCACCGGCGCAAAGUCAAACUUCAGCAGGAGGAGAAGCCGGGCGACUCCGAUUCGGACACCAACGCGGGUGGCAGGUCCUUGAGACGAUCGCCCAGGAUAUCGAGACCGACGCAAAAGGCGGUGGAGGUCCUCGAAAAGGUGACGGACAAGCCGCAGGAGAAAGAGGACGAAGACGUCAAGGUUGUCGUAAGGAAGCCCAGAGAGAAGAAGGUGAAUCUGGAUGGUCAGGACAAACAAAAGGGGAGAAAGCGGCGGAAGACACGCUGGUCCAACCUGCGCGCCCGCCACAAAAGGAAAGGCUCCGAGGAGGACGACGACGACGGCGACGAGGAGUCCAGCGAGGACGAGGAGAGCGAGGAGGAAGAGGACGACAGCGACGAGGACUACAAGGUGGAGCGAGAACGGAAGAGGCGCCGACGCAACCAGGAGCGGCGCAGCUCAGACUCGUCCACGUCCUCGGACGACGACCUGCCGCCCAACGAUGACCCCUGCAAACAUUGCGGCCUUCCCAACCACCCAGAACUGAUCUUACUGUGCGAUUCGUGCGACAGCGGCUACCACACGGCCUGCCUCCGGCCGCCCCUCAUGAUCAUCCCCGACGGAGAGUGGUUCUGCCCGCCCUGUCAACACAAAAAGCUGUGUGACAACCUGGAAGAACAACUGCUAAACCUCGACGCCGCCUUGAAGAAGAAACAACGGGCAGAGAGAAGGAAAGAGCGUCUCAUUUAUGUCGGAAUCAGCGUGGAAAACAUUAUCACGCCCUCGGCCGAGCUGGAGCAGGAGAAGCAGGAGGUGAUCGUCAAGCAGAAGAAGGAGACCAAACGCAGUAAGAGCUGGGGCCGACGCUCCACCCGGGCCAAGAAAAACAUCAGCUACAGAUUCGACGAGUUCGAUGAGGCCAUCGAGGAGGCCAUCGAGGAGGAUGUCAAAGAAGCAGAGGGCGGAGGAGCCGGUCGCGGCAAAGACAUGGCCAACAUCACGGGCAGCCGGGGGAAGGACAUGGCCACCAUCAUCCAGUCGGAGGAGGGCAAGGAGAACGGCCGACCACCUCGGCCCAACGCCGGCCAGCGCAAGAAAAAGCGGCGACGCCUCAACGACCUGGACAGCGACAGCACCGUGGACGACGACGAGAGCGAGGACGAGUUCCUCCUUAGCGAAAGCUCCGAGGAAGACUUUGUGGCGUCCGACAACGAGACGGCGGCUGAGACGGACGCCGACUCCAACGGCAGCGACGGUGACAAACGCCGCUCGCCCAGUUCCCGUAGCAAGAAGUCGACGAAGCGACGACACAGUUCCCGAAAACGACGGAGACCCAAAGGGUACUCGGACGAUGAGGAAGUAGAGACGGACGAGGACGACGUCGAUGAAGACGAAAUUGCGAGCGAACGUUCCAGCGAGUACAGCGACAGCGACUUGGAUGUGAGCCGGCGGCGCUCGCGGCGAAGCCACCAGGCUCAGGUCAACUACUGCGAGACGUCCGAGUCGGAAGAAUCCCAGGGCGGAAUCAAACCGGAGAAAUUGAAAUCCAGAAAGCGCUUGGACACCUCGGAGAGCGAAGCGAGCUUCUCCAAAGAUUCCGAGGACGGUUCUGGGCGCCAGCGGUCCAAACGGCGAGUCUACUCCUCAGAAGAAGACGAGGAAAAGGAAAAGUCGAGGCAUCGUCGUCGUCAUCUUGCCCUGAAACGCCGGAGAGCGUCGGAAGAGGAGGAAGACUCGGACGACGACUCGGACGAAUCCUCCGAAGAGGACCGGCCCGUCCGCAAACGGGUCAACCGCAUUGACUCUGAUGACGACGACGACGAAGAGGAAAAACCAAAGCAGACGAAAGCCGCCGAGGACAAGACGGCUGAGGAGAAGCCCACUGAGGAGGCUAAGACAACUAACCAAUCAGACUGCAACAACGGGCAGACCACCAAGGACGACGAAGACGAGGACGACCUGCUGGGCGUCACGGACCUCGUGGACUAUGUCUGCAAUAAUGAACAAUUGUAAAAAAAAAAAAAAAAAAAAAAAGGUGUACGAUUUCAUUUUAUGUGCUAUUGUAUUUUUAUAUUCCUGUUAUUUUUAUUAUACCCUCCUCUCAUCAUGUAAAAACAAACAAAAAAAAGUCCUGCUCACCUGUUCUCCAUGUGGCCCCGCGCCUCCUGUUUUCAGUGACCCUAUUCCACAUGGAAAUGCGGGUGGUGGGGGUGGGGAGGGGGGGUGGAACGCUAUUCUGUAGGUUUUUAUACGGUAAUACGGUGGUACCUCUACUUACAAAAGUCUCCAGUAACGACAAAUUCAGGUUACGAAAUGGAAAAAUAUUCUUUAGUUACGAAGGAGAAUUCAGGAUACAAAAGGAAAAAAAAUGGGCGACUGAUUCGCAGCAGCCGAAUUCCACCGUGCGUAAACAUCCUGUGUUUUGGUUUGUGCGGCGCGCUAGAGCUGUCUGUCCUCCCAUUGGCUUUCGCCGUAGCAUCUUCCUGUCAUCCCAUUGGCUAGUAGGGAUGUCGCUAUUUACCCAUGAUGCGUUUCGUUUCCCUCGAGCGCUUCCACACACUAGCGCACAUGGGUAAAGUACAGCCUUUUUCAUUUUUUUUUUUUUUUAAAUUCAUCUUUCUUCAUCAUGGGCCCCAAGAAAUUAGUGGAAUUAAGGGGUGUGUGUGUGUGUGUGUUUACAUUCGUAGGUAUGUUUUCUCUCAGCAGUCAAACGUUCGCCUCCUCCUCCGUCCCCCACGAUGCCUUUUUGCUUCUCACUCCGUCUUCUCUUUGCACAGUCACCCAACGCCAAAGGUAAAUGAACAUCAUUUUUAAUCAUUCGUUCCAUUAUGUACUAUGAAUGCUCGUUUUUUGGCGGGGGAAGGGUUAGGCUAUUUACAUGUAAAAAGCGUUUCUACUUAAGAAAAAUUCACGUUACAAAAAGAUAGAGGUACCACUGAAAAUUAAAAAGGUGUCACGCGUAUGUGAAGGUGUGAAUGUAUACAUGCUCUUAUGAAAUAAGUUUUUUGUUUGAUUUUUUUUUUUGUAUAGUGUACACAAAAGUCUUUAACUGCCAUGUUAUUUUUUUUAACUUUUGGAGGAAAACAAUCCCAGUGAUGCUAUUUACUCAUUUUUUUGUGUGUAGACGUGCACGUGUGUGUAUACUGUAUACAGACACAUACAUACAUAGUGAAUGUGAAGAAAACACUGAAACCUCUGAAGUUGAGCACGCAAAAAGCGUGAAAUUCCCAAAUCUUGAUUUGCCUCGUCUGACGAGGUUUGCUGGUGUUGGCACUUGUAUCAAAGACUUUUCAAAAAAAAAAAAAAAAAACUUUUUCAUUCUUCCAGUUACCUGACAAAGUGAUGUUCAUACGGUCAACGGAUAGCGCCAGCAACUAAAGUUCGCUCAAAACAUUUUGCAACAACUCCCGGGAGUAUUCAGCAAGUGCUCAUUGCUAAUGUCCACACUAAAAUCCAAGACACUCAUCAGUGGCACGCUAGUCUUCGUCGACUUUACUGUAAUCAAUGACCCAAAUAGUUAUUUUUAGAAGACAUGACUUUUUACAUCAUCUGGACCUCAAAAGUCUUUGUUUUUAAACUUUGUCAUCAAUAUCGCAGAAGUUUUCACCAAGUCUUCACAAAAUGACGUUGGCUACUGCAGCUACGUCACUGGUUUCGAUCCAAGACUAGAGCGUGUUUAGGUUUUAAGGACUUUGUUUCUUGUAAUUAAUAUAAUGUUGAUGUCGAAUCAAAAGUAAUUUAUAUCUCACCAGUCAACCAACUGAAUGAAAACAUGAAUAGCUACAUCUAUUCAUACAUAGCUAAUAGCUAGCCAGUCCGUGGCCAGGAGCAAACAUUAGCGGCUAGAAGCUAACAUUAGCGCCUGGAUCAAACACUUUGCAAUAAGUUCCUACCAAAAAAAAGUCAUCAAUUUUGUUUGUGUAUUUUAAAUAAUAUAAUUUCUGUUACCUAGUGACAUUUUAUACAUAGAGUUGUAUCUGUAGAUAAGGCUAUGAGGCACUAGUUCAAAUUCCAACACUAUUAUUGAUGAUACAAAGCUUCUCCCACACACACAAAAAAAAAAAGAAAAUUGAAAGAAACAGCGCAUAUUUCAAAUUUAAAGUCCAAAUUGUACCGCUUUUGUGGGGAUUUUCAACUUGUGAGGUUCCACUGUGUGUUCGUCGCUUGUGGUCUAUCAAAAACAAUGUAAAAAGUAUUAUUUUCCUUGUACAAACUUUUUAACUAAAGUAACCAACUAUUUUGUUUAUUUUAUUUUUUUUUUUGGGGGGGGGGUGCUGGGACGGGAGCUAUUGUCUUCCCUGUUUUUUGUCCGUAACAGUACCUCGUUUUAGAAUUGCAUGGCCAGGCCGGAUAAAGACGCUUCGAAAGGGAGGGGGUCCGCGGACUAGCGCGAUCUUAGCUUAGCACUGUUUAGCGACACUACAUGCUGAGUCACAAUAAAUACAUGGAAUUUGGGUGGUUUUGACUGUUGUACAGUUGAAAUACGCAGUAGCUGCAUGGGAACACAAACAAUGGAAAAGACUGUUGACAAUUGAGUGGAAUUUUUAAUUUUAUUUUUUUUGAACUAUUACCUCAUUAUCAAUGUGGGCGGAACCCGGCGUCCUCGUGUAUAGAACCUAGCUGACCCCUUUUUUUGUCAACUGUUAUUUCCUAAGAUCUUGUACAUUUGUUAUAAUAAAACUGCUUUGA